AUGCUGUACUCUGUCGGCAAUUACUUCUACGAGCGGAGGGCCAAGUUUGCCAAGGCAGCAGGAUGGGCCGGUGGAAUAUAUGUCGCCGGCCGAUAUGUGGUCGACCGGUUGGAGGAUGUGCGGAGGAAAGUCGUUGAGGAGCGUGCAUCGCGAGACGGUAUACGAAAGCGCUUCCGACAGAACAUGGAAGAUAUAUCGUUCACCGUGAUGGCGCACAUGCCCAUCCUCGCCCACAACGUGCUCACGGAUAUGGACGUCGAGACCCUGACCGCGGAGCUACAACACUUUUCGAAGACGUCACGCGCUCGACCAGCGCCAGCACCUGAACUUCAACCUCCAACCCAUGCACCGUCCGAGGCUUCUGCAGCGUCAAGUGGCGAGCUCGUCAACGAUUCGGAUGUACGGUCCGACAACGGCUCUAUGUCCAUCGUCUCCUUCUCCUCGCCCGAAGACACGUCUUCAACAAUGGCCGAUUCGCAGAUGAGCUGGGUACAACCCUCGGAGACGUCUUCAGUGCAGCCGCCAACACAUGUAUCUUCAUCCUCCUCCGAAGCCGGUGGAGACUCGAUGAGUAGCUCUGUGCUCAGCGCCACAAAUGAUGCUGCAUCUGUAGCAGACUUGGCUAGCUCGCAAGCAAGUCUGACGACCAAACGCAAGGCUGAGAUGUGGCGAGAGGUCAAGAUGAUGACCGUUACGCGUACUCUGACCACGCUCUAUUCCAUCACCCUUCUAUCCAUCUUCACGCACAUCCAACUAUCCCUUUUGGGGCGCUACAAAUACGUCCACUCAAUCAUCCAACUCUCGCGCGACGAAGAAGAACGAGAGUCAUUCGAUGCAACGUCCAUCGCUUCUCUAUUCUUCGCACCCAGUCAGCAAAUACUCGACGUCGAGAAGCUGCUGUCGGAGGACGACGAGUGCUCUUCAUCACUGUGGCGCUCCGGGGUUGAUGCGCAAACGGAGAGAAAGUUCCUGACGCUCAGUUGGUGGAUAUUACAUGUGGGCUGGAAAGAUGUCGGCGAACGAGUACGGAGAGGUGUAGAAGAAGUCUUUGAAGGUGUAUCGUUGAAGAGCAAGAUCAGCGUGUUGGAGUUUCACCGACUUAUUCAAGACGUACGGAGAAGAGUUGAACACGAGAUAACGUUUGAGGGUCAUGAGCGACGCAUCAACUUCACGUCUACACUAUUGCCACCAACAGCAUCCGCUGUCAAUAACCUUCUUUCGCGGAAUGGCUUCCCUAACGCCUCCGGCGGCGCGCAGGAUCCCGCGUUCACGCAACUUCUAGAGGAGACACGUGACGUGCUCGCCUCUCCAGACUUCGCACUCGUACUCGAGCGCGGGCUUGACGCUGCCACGGACGUACUCGUUGAUGGUCUCCGUUCACACGUUUUCGCCCCUGCGGCUGAGGAAGGCGCUUCCGGCGAGCCAACUGUGCGGUUGGCGGGAAUGUUGCCAGGCCUUGCAAGAUGGAGCGCGCUCGCGCUGAACGGAUUGCCUAACCCGUUGGUAGACAGUCUGGCCUCGCUACAUGAGGUCUCUGCACUCUCGGCGAUAGUCUACUCUGAUUUCGGCGAUCGAUUCCCUUGA